GCAGUAUUGAUGGGGGCCAGCAUGUUCUCGGGCGAAAGUCCGCCAGAAACCAGUCAUGGGAAGGGAUCGGUCAUGGUGCCUCCAGUCACCUCCGCUCCACGUCUGCCAAAGCCAUGUAUAUAGAAGGUUCGUCUGAUGGUGAUGGUGUUGGCUGGACAGUCUCGAGGUGGAGUUCCAGCUGCGUAUCUGGCGUUCGCGAUGCUAUUCCGGACUGGGUAUUCGAGAUACUUGGCAAAGCGCUCAGCUGGUGGUUUUUGGUGCUUGACACGUAGUCAAAGGGGACUGCGUGAGGCCGACAGAGGAGAUAGCGCGACCGGGGGGGAUGUAGCUCGAUUAGAGCGAGAGGAGUGAAAGUGAGGUGGGCGCGUUGGCCAAGGAGAACAAGGAAACUUGAGUUGUGGGUUUGCUCCCUGGUGGAUAUCCCCCAUCGCAACCAUGGACUCCAAAGGGUGGCCAGACAUCCUGU